UCCUGGAUUUCAUUGCUCGAGUGAGAUCCAUCAGCGAAAUCUUCAAAGAAGAGAACAGUGACAAGUAUAGAAACUUCCUAGCACUUACUCGGGUUUCUUUUUACAAGGCAAACAGUUGCUCACUUUCCUUUUUGUAUAUCUUCACUUCACUUCCUCCCUUUUUUUUAAUCUCCGUUUCCGCCCCUCCCAUGGCGGAUUCGCGUUGUUGAAAGGACUAUCUCUUUGUUUUUUUAAUACCCUUUUGUCAGAUUUCUGGGUUCACCUUUGUUUUUGUGUUCGUCGUUUUAAGCUUCACUUUCGCGGUUCGUUUGCCUUUUUUGCUUCUUUGUUGCUUUUUUUUACUGAGUCGAUGAUGCUUACUGAUAGAAUCUGAGAGACAGAGAGAGAAAAAAAAAGCAAUCGGGUAUGGAGGAAAGCGUUUUAUGUCCGAGAAAAUACACCGAGCACAAAAGUGUUACACGCAAGUUCAGAAAACCAGAGAAAAGAGCUUCCGAUCACGUCCGUACUCACGGCGGCGCUGUUGCUGAUGUCACGAGGGUCGUUCGGGUAUCAGUUAUGGACCAUGAUGCGACGGACUCUUCCAGCGACGAGGAAGCUGAGUUCUUUGGUAGUCGUCGGAGAGUGAAACGUUAUGUCAACGAGAUCAACAUAGAAGUUGUCGCCGGCGUCAGCGCUGUUUCUAACCGGAAAAGGAAGGCGGCGGAAGGUGUCGUCACGAACGGAUGUGGUGGGCGGAUUAAGGUUUGUUCGGUGAAAGGGAAUGGAAGGAAGUUCAGGGGAGUACGGCAAAGACCGUGGGGGAAAUGGGCGGCGGAGAUUAGAGAUCCCGCUCGACGUGUACGGCUGUGGUUGGGCACAUACGAUACCGCUGAAGAAGCAGCCAUGGUUUAUGAUAAUGCAGCGAUUAAACUCCGAGGACCCGACGCUUUGACCAACUUCGUUACUCCGCCUGCUAUGGAAGAAAACGAUGAAAACCCCGAAACCAUCAACGUCAGUUCGGUUUCCGGUUACGAGUCCGGCGACGAGUCAACUCACAAUCUUUCAUCCCCAACCUCGGUUCUCAACUUCCGAACUCAGUCAAAUGAAGAAACGCCGGUAGAACCGAAGAAACAAGCUCCCGAUUCCCAAGAAGAAGAGAGUAACCCGCCGCCGCCGCAAUCGGUUCUUAACGAAUGUCAAGGCGAAACCGAAACCAACUUCUCCGACAUUUCGGUGUUCGAUUUGCCGCUCGAUUUCCCUUCGGUCGACGAAAUUUUCCACGUGUCAGUGUCGGGGCUGUCGGUUUUCGAUAAUGCUGCGAUGGUUUUACCAGGCAGUACUGUUUUCAGUGAUGAUUUUGGCUGCUGCUCAUCGUCGUCGUCGUCGACUAUGUGUCAAGUAGAUGAUUAUUUUGCAGACAUCGAUGAUCUGUUCUUUUCAGAUCCUUUAGUGGCAUUAUGAAACAGAGGUCAUGUUGUCGCUCUUUUGCUUGUCGAUUUUCCGGCAGAUUUUGUAUCGGCGACGACAUAUAAAUGUCAGCAUGUUUUUUUUUGUCUUAACGUUGUUAAUGUUAGUUUCUCCGUUAAAAUAAACGGAGAGUUGAGUGGAGUUUUGCUGAUAUUUUUAUUUAAUUAUUAAGCUGUUGUGAAAGACUGUAUUUAUAGCUUUGAGGGUGAAAUAAAAUAUUAAAAACUUUUCUUAUUUAUUG